GCUUUUCGUCUGCAACAGUGAACGGCAAGAGAUACAGAGUGGUCAAACUCAAUUGCUUGACGAGAGCCUCUUUAUGAUAACCCCGAGGGAGUCUCAAGAAUUUAGAACAAGCCGCUGUCCUGCUCCACGCGAAUUCGGGGCGUCAACGUCUCAAGAUGAUAGCGGGCCUUAAUGUAUACAAGCGAACCCUACGUAUCAACAUCUCACUAUAACAACCUGCCUUUCGGAAGCAAAUACGUUCUGUCUUUUGGAGGGGGGUAUGGCAUGCUUGAUGGAAGGGGAUCAUAUAGAGUCACUUUCGCGAGGCCCCCCCGACUCGCCAGAAUUGCCCACUGCCGGUGUUGACAGCUCAGUGCUCAACACUUCUUCAGGCAACAAUGCCUCCUUCCAAAGCGACAAGAAGGAGAAUUGUCGAACUACUCGACAACUGUCGAUUGAGUCGAAUAGAUCCCUAGGAACACAGGAUUCUUCUUCGAUCUACUCAUGCUCGUCUGAACAUGGAGGGUCUGCCGUGGGGACCAAAGGCCUUUCAAAGUGUCGAAGUCGAAUAGCCAUCCCAACAAAGUCAAUUUCAGGUUGGCCUGUCCUUUCUUCAAGAAGAAUCCCGGAAAGCACCAACGUGGAGCUUGCACCGGACCCGGCUGGGCGACGGUCCAUCGAAUCAAGGAGCAUGUUUACCGCAGCCAUGCGUUACCCAUCACAUGCCCAAGGUGUAAUGAAGAAUUCGCAAACGAUCGACCCAAAGACUCGCAUAGCAGAGCAACUGGGCAGUGCGAGGUGAAGGAUCAGACCCCAGUUGCCACUAUAGUUAUAGCCUUAAGUUUAUAGCCUUUUAACUAAUGUAUUUAUUAUCUAAAUUACUACUUCAGAGUAGGGAAAUCUAUUCAGCCAAUGACAGCAACAUUCGCCC